GUUUAACACUCAGCAGGAUGGAAGACGCUCCUUCUAAGAUGUGCCAUAACCUUGGACAGAACACCUCACAGGGUGCCAAAGAGCGCGGCAAGUGGGAAACCAAGAAAGAGUUUAUCUUGAGUGUGGCCGGUGCUAUUAUUGGACUUGGCAAUGUGUGGAGAUUUCCAUAUCUUUGCUACAAGAAUGGUGGGGGUGCAUUCUUCAUCCCUUACUUCCUUUUUCUUGUUACCUGUGGUGUCCCUCUGUUUGUCCUGGAAACAUCGCUGGGCCAGUACACCAGUCAGGGAGGAAUCAUGUGCUGGAGAAAGAUCUGCCCCUUGUUUGAAGGUAUGGGAUAUGCCAGUCAGUUGAUAAUUUUUUAUGGAAACAUCAGCUAUGUUGCGAUUUUAGCCUGGGCAUUCCUGUAUUUCUUCUCGUCAUUCUCUGGAAAGUUGCCAUGGGCCAGCUGUAACAACACGUGGAAUACAGAUUGUUGUGUGGAAAUAAACAACUAUAUUAAGACUGCCAACUGGACCGCACCUGUGAAUGCAUCAUCGUCUGUUAUAGAGUUUUGGCAGCGACGGGUGUUAAACAUAUCCACGGGCAUAGAGGCCUUGGGAACCAUUCGGUGGGAUCUUACAUUGUGCCUUUUUCUGUCCUGGAUCAUCUGCUACUUCUGUGUGUGGAAAGGAGUGAGAUCCACAGGAAAGGCUACCUACUUUACUGCCACAUUCCCCUUCGUCUUGCUGGUGGUACUGUUUUUUAGAGGUAUGACCCUUCCUGGAGCAUUUCAUGGUGUCAAAUACUACCUGUACCCUGAUCCCUCUCGGCUAGCUGACCCACAGGUCUGGAUGGACGCUGGAACACAGAUAUUUUAUUCCUAUGCCAUUUGCCUGGGGUACAUGACCACAUUUGGAAGUUACAACAAGUACAACAACAACUGUUACAGAGACUCCUUCUAUCUUUGCUUGCUGAACAGUGGGACCAGCAUAAUGUCUGGAUUUGCCAUUUUCUCCGUUCUGGGCUACAUGUCAGUAAAGCAGGGAGUUGACAUUUCUGCUGUUGCUGAGUCAGGUCCUGGACUUGUCUUCAUUGUCUACCCACAAGCCGUAACUCUGCUGCCUUGGCCUCAGGUCUGGUCUGUGUGUUUCUUCUUCAUGAUCAUUUUACUGGGAAUCGAUGGGCAGUUUGCAGGACUUGAAAGCAACAUGACCUCUUUGACUGAUCUUUAUCCUUCCUACCUCCGAAGGGGAUACCACAGAGAGCUUCUUCUGAUGCUGCUCUGUGUUAUUAGUGCUCUGUUGGGCUUAUUUAUGGUCACAGAGGCAGGAGCAUACAUUCUGCAGAUCUUUGAUCACUAUGUGUGCAGUGGCCCCACCCUCCUUCUGAUGGCAAUCUUCCAGUCAGUGAUCAUUGGAUGGAUUUAUGGUGCUGCACGCUUCAGUGACAAUAUCGAGGACAUGAUUGGUUACAAACCUCUGCCACUGUUCAAAUACUGCUGGCUCUACAUCACCCCUCUUAUUUGCAGUGCCACUCUUGUAUUUUUACUUGUGAGAUACACUCCAAUGAGGUUCAACAAAACAUAUCGAUUCAAGAAAACCUCCCUGCCUGCAGACGAUCUUCCAGGGAUGGUGAAGGAAGUGCCAAGUCUCAACACAUUGAUGAGUGCUCAGAACAGGGAACAAAAUGAUCCCAUGCUUUAAAAAUCUUAGAAAAUUAUCUUUCCCCAAAAUACAACAUAUUGGGUAAUGGGAUUAAAAACAUUCUCAGUAUACAGUCGGUAUCUAUUUCAAUAUUUUCUACAUAUCGGUCUUUUGGGGGCAGUUUUUGGAGCACAUGUUUUCUAUCAUUCUGCCAACAACAUCUAGAAUCUCAAAAAAACAGCACUGAAUUGUAAUUAAGAACACUCAAUGAAAAUAUUGAAUCUAUGUUAUAUUUCUAUAUAGAUCAACCUGGUUAGAUCUGCUUGCCCUCUUUCUUAGAUAACUUGGCAAAAUAUGACAAAAAAAAGAAGAAACAUCCUUAAUGUAUUAAAACCUUGCAAUGUAGCGCAUCACUGCGCUUUGGGGGUGCUCAAUACUUGUAACAUUCUAAAACAAAGGAAAAAGAAGAUUUAUAUCUCGUCUAUCCUCCAAUAAAUAUUUUUCCAGGAAAUAAAAUUGGAAUGUUGUUUAAAGAUUGGAAGCACAAAUUUGGAGAGCCUACACUAAACUAAGAUCAUUUUGUUGUUUAAAUUUGACUCUUAGAAAUAUAGUUAAAAGGAAAUUUACAAAAAGUCUUAUGAGAUCAAUAUAUUCUAUGUGGUUGUAACAUUGCUUCUUGGCAGUAAAUGUUACACAACUGGAAAGGUUAAGGAUUUCCAUUUAACUCCUGGCACAUUUCCAAGGGAUACGCCUUUGUUUGUUGAGCAGCAGAAGUGAGUGUGAUGGCCCAUGCAAAUCUGUCCGAAUUCACCUUGCCUUUUAGCCUGAUGAACCAGACUAAAUAUGACAUUAAAUGUGUAAUUUAGUUUGGCCCCAAUGAAUGAGACAUCGGAAGAUUGUUGAUGAGAACAACCCGUUGUUUUUCAAACCAUGUCUGUGCCUAUUGGCCAACGCUCAGACCAAUAAGCGCAACUGACUGACACAGUAAGCGUGACAGAAAGCUGGUGGGGGAGUGUAAACAAACAGCCUGUUGGUAAAACGGUGAAUACGUCCUUGUUAAAAAUGAAUGAGCGUAGAGUCUCUUCCUGCUCAUGUUUCAACGAAAAACCCAGGUCAGAUCCUUCCAAAACUGAUUCCAAAGCUGAGUCAAACGAUGGUUUGUUUGCUUAGUUGUCGCUAUCUUCCUUGUUGCGCUUUCUCCAGCGUCGCGCAGCUUUGUCGUCACGCCCUCAAAUCCCUGCCUGCUUUGCAUCCAGAAAUAAAAAACACAUCUCUGCGUUGUGAUUGGCCCGCCAGUUCUAGGGCCCGGGGCAUUGAUCGAGGCUAGACCAACUCGCAGGCAAAAAUGAAUUUGGCCGCUGGCGGGUGGGGCUCCUUUACUAGGCUACUUGCCUUUUACAAAUAGCGUUCAGCCAAGCCAGUAUAAAGAUGGGAGGUCACCUUCUCAUCACUGGAAUAGAAGGGCUUGUCAGAGGCAAUCUCAGUGAAGAAAGGAAGCAACCAGUGGCAAUCCGAUCUCUCAUUUCCGUACACUGGAAUGUAAAAGUGAAGCACAUGUAUUGUCUGCAUCCGGAUUUGGGCGCUUUAAGGAUGGACUGACCAACCUGUAGUCCUGACCUCUUUGCCGCUGUUAUUUCGAUGUGCUUCUUGACCACUACCACCUAAAUGAUUGACUUGUGAUAAAUACCAUGUCUAUGAAUGGGAUGUCCUCCCACGGCAGUGUGUGUGACCAAGCAGGACUAAGUGUGUCCACGGCUUAAUUAAACCAGAAUCUGUUAAAUGACUUAAUUUAUAAAUCUGUUAUUUCCAUUAACUUCCACCAUCCAGUCCAAUCACACCACGCAUGACUCAACCGCAGAAUAAUCUGUAAAUGUUUUGUAGAUGCAACCUACGUGGCUUAGAGGAAAAUUCAGUGAUCUUGUCAUCCGAAAGUUACGAUUUUGAGUUUAGUUCUCCAAAUGUUGAACUGCCCCUGGGCAAGGCAUUUAACCCCAAGCAGCUGCCUGUGGAUCUGUGUAGAAGUCUAUAACUGUGCGUACACUUGAAUGAGACCAACUGGAAGGUUGUCCACUUUGAGUCAGUUUGACAUUAAUAUAAAGAUUUAGUCUUGUAAAAAAAAAUUAAAAAUGCAAUUUUUAGACCUGCUACUCAACCAACAACCAAAGAUUUCCUAUAAAUGUGUCAGAUCUUAAAGGGGAAAUAAAUCCACUUUAAACAAUAUUAAAGCUAUUUCCAAGAAGACUUGAUACAGCAAAGAAAUAAAUGACAAAAAUAACAGAGUUUACAAUACAUUGUAAACUCUAUAUAUUAGUUAGUUUACAAUAUAUUGUAAAGGCGGCUUUAUUGUUCUUUCAGUGGUGAUAUUCACUCAUUACGUAAUGAGUGAAUAUCACCACAGCAUUAAGUAACACUGAUGAGGAUGUAGAUAGUUCAGCAAUCUGAAAUCGAAGAAGAGCAAUGUACAUUUGCAAAACAUG